AUGACCUGGCCUCCGGUUGUUGGACUUCGCCGGUUCCAUCGCUUGGCAUCACCCGUGUUUAUGGCCAAGAAAUCCAAGACCGCCGUCAGAGCGCCCACUCCCUCUACGCCCAGCCCACCCGGUCCGAUUAUCCGCCUGGCUUCCGGUCAGUUCCAUCUUAAAUUGUGCGUCCAACCCAAUUGCGCGCAAUCCGCAUUGACCGAGGUAACUGAAGAUGAGAUUCGAAUGCGCUUGAACGCUCCGCCCCGAGAAGGACAAGCUAAUCUGGCCGUGAUCAAUGUGUUGGCUAAAUCCCUGGGGUGCUCCAAAACCGACUUGCGGAUAGUUCAAGGCCAGAAAGGUCGAAAUAAAGUGGUAGAAGUCAGUGGGCAAUUGGCUGAUCUCACCUCCGAAUUGCUAUUGAUCAAGAUUCGCAGUGUGAUUGAUUAA